CGUUCUGCACUUAAUCUACCACGUCUGCCAUCUCAUCCUCCUCCUCCUUCACCCACCAUCGGUGUCUCUUGUCCGGGACGUCAAUUGUCUGGAUACAAAUCUUGUCGUCUCUUUCAUUCUCUUUGUUACCAGUAUUUAUUCCCAUUCACGCCGUCGGGAUGUUGACCACGGUUCUCCGAAGGCGCGCCCUUCAAUCCUCCGUCUCCUCCGUAUCUUCCUCCCUUUCGUUCCGGUUUGCACGAUGUUAUGCCUCCAAGACCUUCCCACCGCACUCGGUGGUCACCAUGCCAGCUCUGUCACCAACAAUGAUGCAGGGAAACAUCGGGGCGUGGCAGAAGAAGGUCGGAGAUAAGGUCGUGCCCGGCGAUGUUCUGGUGGAGAUCGAGACCGACAAGGCCCAAAUGGACUUCGAGUUCCAGGAAGAGGGUGUGCUGGCAAAGAUCCUCCAGGAGUCUGGAGCAAAGGACGUCGCUGUUAACAAUCCCAUCGCGGUCAUGGUCGAGGAAGGCGAGGAUAUUUCGGCUUUCGAGGAUUUCACAAUUGAGGAUGCUGGUGGACAGAAGGCAGCCCCAGCACCACCGAAGGAGGAGGCCAGCAAGCCAGAGCCAUCAAAGGCACAGCCCUCCCCAGCGGCGGAACCCGCGCCAGUUCCUGAGGAGACUGGGCCAAGUGGUGGAAGGUUACAACCAGCUAUUGAGAGAGUGCGCAAUGCCAGUGCUGCCGCUGUGAAUCUGGCCGUCGAGACCGGCGUCAAGCUUUCAGGUAUCAAGGGAACUGGAACUGGCGGACAGAUCACUGAGGCCGAUGUCAAGAAGGCUGCCUCUGGCGGUGUAUCUGCCCCAGCUGGAACUCCCGCUGCCUCAUACGUGGACAUACCUAUCACCUCGAUGCGCAAGACUAUCGCCAGUCGUCUUACGGAAUCCGUGACCCAAAACCCCCACUACUUUGUUUCUGCCACCGUUUCGGUCUCCAAGCUUCUGAAGCUCCGACAAGCUCUCAAUGCUUCUGCGGAUGGAAAAUACAAGCUCUCUGUUAACGACUUCCUGAUCAAGGCAUGCGCUGUUGCAUGCAAGAAGGUUCCCACUGUUAACUCAAGCUGGAGAGACGGGUUUAUCCGCCAGUUCAACAAUGUGGACAUUAGCGUUGCCGUAGCCACUCCUGUUGGGCUCGUGACCCCAAUUGUCAAGUCAGUCGAGACCCUUGGUCUCGAAUCAAUCUCCGCCCAAGUCAAGGACCUUGGAAAGCGUGCCCGGGAUGGCAAGCUCAAGCCAGAAGAAUACCAGGGUGGAACUUUCACUAUUUCCAACAUGGGCAUGAACCCCGCCAUCGACCGCUUCACUGCUGUCAUCAACCCUCCUCAAGCUGGUAUCCUUGCCGUAGGCACGACCAAGAAGGUCGCGACGCCAGUCGAGACCGAAGAAGGGACGCAGGUUGAGUGGGACGAUCAAAUUGUUGUCACCGGAUCAUUCGACCACAAGGUUGUUGAUGGUGCUGUUGGUGGCGAGUGGAUCAAGGAAUUCAAGAAGGUGGUUGAGAAUCCUUUGGAGCUGUUGUUGUAA